CCCUAUUUUUUGUUUUUCCCCUUUGCUUCUCUCCAGCUCUUCAACCACUUUUUCUCUGGGCUCGAUGUCGUGCCGACACAGCUAAUAAUCGGCCUUGGUGUUUAAGCUUUUCUUUUCUUUCUAUUGACCGUCCUUUGCGGCGAUUCGCGUCCACGAUGUUACCAUUCAUCAAUCAAAUCUUCGAGUAUCCAGCCAAUGCGACUGGAGCUUCGGUUGAUGAGCUGAAGCUCAUUGCGUCAUUCCUCCUCUCGUAUCCCCUCGCCGGUCUGUUGAAGAGAAUCCCCGACGCUCAACCCUGGAAGAAGAAUGCCUUCAUUAUUUCCGUCUCCUUGUUCUAUCUCGUCGGCCUCUUUGACCUAUGGGAUGGCCUUCGCACCUUAUUCUAUAGCGCCGCCGGUACCUAUUUGAUCGCCUACUACAUUGAUGGAUCGUUGAUGCCCUGGAUUGGCUUCAUCUUCUUGAUGGGCCACAUGUCCAUCAGCCACAUCUACCGCCAAAUUGUCAACGACCCUCAGGCGAUUGAUAUCACCGGGGCCCAGAUGGUCCUUGUCAUGAAGCUUACGUCUUUCUGUUGGAACGUGCAUGAUGGUCGACUUCCCCAAACGCAGCUCUCGGAUCCUCAAAAGUAUGCCGCGAUUACGCAGUUCCCGACUAUCCUGGACUACACCGGCUACGUACUAUUUUUCCCAGCUCUUUUCGGUGGUCCAUCCUUCGAAUACGUCGACUACCGUCGCUGGCUCGACACUACUCUUUUCGAGGUCCCCCCGGGUACCGACCCGUCGAAGGUGCCCCCGACCCGGAAGAAGCGCAAGAUUCCUCGCAGUGGAACUCCUGCCACGAAGAAGGCCCUGGUUGGACUGGGAUGGAUUCUGGCAUUCCUGCAGCUGGGAUCUUACUACAAUCAGGAAACCCUCCUGAGUCCUAGAUACAUGGGCUACUCUUUCCCUCGACGAGUCUGGAUCAUGCACAUGGUCGGGCUAACCGCACGCCUCAAGUACUACGGCGUCUGGUCCCUGACGGAAGGUGCUUGUAUCCUGUCUGGCAUGGGGUACAAUGGGUUCGAUCCCAAGUCCGGCAAGGUCUUCUGGAACCGAUUGGAGAAUAUCGAUCCUUGGGGUCUUGAGACAGCGCAAAACUCCCACGGAUAUUUGGGCAGCUGGAACAAGAACACCAACCAUUGGCUGCGAAACUACGUCUACUUGCGCGUCACCCCCAGAGGGAAGAAGCCGGGCUUCCGUGCCAGUCUGGCCACGUUUACGACCAGCGCUUUCUGGCAUGGUUUCUAUCCGGGAUACUAUCUGACCUUCAUCCUUGGGUCGUUCAUCCAGACCGGGGCCAAGAAUUUCCGUCGUUAUGUGCGUCCGUUCUUCCUCACUCCGGACGGAAGCAAACCCACACCCUACAAGCGUUACUAUGACAUUAUGAGCUGGUUCGCGACUCAGGUCACUCUGUCCUUCACGGUAAUGCCCUUCAUCUUCCUCGGGUUCAGCGCCUCUAUCAGCGUCUGGCGGAGCGUCUACUUCUACGGAAUCGUCGGCAACAUCCUCAGCAUUGCCUUCUUUGCCAGCCCCGCCAAGGGCAUUCUCAUCCAGAAACUCAAAGCCCGCAACCGGCCUCAUGUCACACGCUCAACCAGCUCCGACAACCUGCAACAGCCGACACUGGGUCUACCAAGUGACGCUGUCCAGGCCUUUGACGAAGCCGUGCAGGAGAUUCGGGGUGAGAUCGAAGCCAGGCGCAGACGCGGCAGUGCCGUUACCAUGCCGAGUGGAGAGGAACUGAAAGCAGUUGUGGAAAACAAGAUCGGCCGCAAGCUCACAUGAUUGUUUUGAUCCUGUGACUUCCCAUGUGACCCCCCAAAGAAAAAGGGUCUUAAGAUCUCAGGUCUCAGGACCUACUACCGGUCUGGCUUACAGCCAAUUAAUUCGACACGUGUGAACGAGGAUGACUGACGGGGUUGACGAUAGAAUGUAUAU